AUGGGUUUGUAUGUAUUAAUAUUAUUAAUAAAACCACGAUUUCACUUACAUCCCUCUCGUCCACUAGAAUGUUCUUAUAGACAAUUAGAUACUUUGAUUACUAUUAUUACUGAUGAAAAACCAUAUUGUACAUUAAGAUGUUAUAAUAGUGCUUUAGAACAUAAUAUCACUUCUUCUUGCCUUUGUAGAGUAACUGGAGAUUAUUAUAAUAUGCCAUUUGAAUAUAGAAGAAAACAAUUAAAUUCUGAAUCAAUAACUCAAUUAUGUAAGUCAUUAAUCCUUGAAAAUACAGCUUUUCCAGAUGAUGGAAUUGAAACACCAACAUUUUCAAGAUUUUAUUUAUUAAUUGUUCAAUAUGUAGCACAAAUGCAAUCUCAUAAAUUAUUUAAAUAUCUAAGAACAAUUAAUCCAACUGUCCCAAAGAAAUAUUUUCAUUUUAGGGUUGCUGAUGAAAGUGAAGCAAUUACUAUUUCUGGAUUUGAACACAAUGCUAUUACUCCAUUUGGAAUGAAUAAAGAAUUACCAAUAGUUCUUGCUGAUGAUAUUACUAAAUUACCAGGUGAUUAUUGUUGGAUUGGAGGUGGAGAAAUUGACGUUAAAUUAGGGUUCAAUGUUUCAGAAUUUAUUGAAAAAAUGAAACCAAUGUUUAGUGCUUAUCAUAAAAUUAUUGAUUAUGUGAUUAACCUUGAAAAAAAAUCAAAUUCAUUCAGACCACCUGUCCCAACUCAUCCACUGCCACCAACUCCUACUCCUAAAGUACCAUUUCGUUCUAGAAGUCUCACAGUAUCUUCAGAAAGAGUAAGUAAUUCUCAAAAAGAUGAAGAAAAACGAACCAUUAAAAAGAAAAAACCCUUACUUAGCUUUUCUUCAAUGUUAGAAAGAAAAAGAGUUAAUCCUGAAGAAACUAAAACAAGUGCUAAAGAUGAUUUGACUAUAGCUAAAACAAAAAAUGAAAUAAAGCAUGAACGAAGAAAAACUUGUAGUGCUGUCGGAUUAAAUGCUUUAGCAGUUAUUUCUAAGUCAACAAUAGUGAUUAAAGAAUGUGAAUAUAAAGAAAUAACAAAAAUUGAAAGUGCAUGUAAAGCAUUUGUUGCACAAAAAGGAUAUGAUUUAGAAACAAUAAAAUUAAGAAGAGAAGCUGUUAAAGAAUUAUAUGAAACAGAAGUAAGUUUUUGUGAUAAAAUGUCAUUAUUAAACACUCAUUUUAGAAUACCAAUGAUGCAAUUAAAAAAUAAUGGACUUAUUCUACAAAAACCAUUUGAUAAUGUCUUUCUUACUUUAGAAGAUUUAAUAAUAUGUAGUAAAAUGUUCAUAGAAAAAUUAAAACCAGUUGUAGAACAUUUUAAUUAUAAUACUUGUUUAGGUAAUUUAAUGGAAGAUUUAUUAUCUAACGUAUGGCCAUAUAUCAGGUUUAGCAUUGAUUAUAAUAUUGCUCAAAGUGAGUUAAAAUUUUUAAAGACAUAUCCAUGUGUUCAGAAGUUAUUAAAAGAUAAAGCAAAAGAACCUUCUUUAGAUAAUCAAACUAUUGAAGGAUUAUUAAUCCAACCAGUACAACGAAUCAUGAGAUAUCCAAUUUUAUUGAAACAAAUAUUGAAACGAACUUCAAAAAGUCAUCGAGACUACAAAACAUUAUUCGAAGCAAAUGCAGAUUAUACUUUUUUCAUUCACGAAGUAAAUGAACGAGCAAAAUUACGAGAUAAACUUAUUGAAGUUAGUCAAAUUUUAAAUGACAUUAACUUAAUUCAACCAUGGAGAUAUUUCUUAAGAGAGAAUAAAGUAUCGUUAAAUGGAAAACAUAAAAUGGUUUAUUUACUAAAUGAUAUGAUUUGUUGGGAAGGUGAUAAAAUUUUAGUUGAUAAUAAAGUAAUAUUAGAAACACCAAAAGCAACAACUUUAAUAGUAAAAAGAAAUCAUGAUAGUAUUAGUCUUAAAUUUGAACAAGAAAGUGAUGCAAAGGAUUGGAAAACAGUACUAGAUGAUAUUAUAGCAAAUGAUAAAUGGAGAACAAAUAAUGAAAAGAAUUGGUUUGCAACUUUAUGUAAAUUCAAGAGUAGUUGGCUUUAA